ACCUGCUCGCAACUAUCAAUAUUCUAGUGCUAUUCGUUGAGAACUGGACCCAGAGGAUGUUGUGUGCGGGUUCGUUCCUGCAGACCAAAAAUAUGAUUAUCUGCUGUAUUUUUCCAGCAGAUAAUCUGGAAAUAAGGGGGGGGGGUAGGUAAGCCUAUAAGCACAAAACAAUUCUGACCGUGUGUACAUACGGAGCUUUAGCCUACUGCGCCCAGGUGAAAGAAACAUCGACGCAAUCAGCAGCUCCAUGGUUUCGACAAUCCUAGUCGUGAGUAUUCUGUCAUUUGAUUAGGCUAUUUACACAGCUCUAAGCAGUCAUAAAAACAGGUCUAUCUAAAACUCAGAAGCCAGGUGCAGCCAACGAUUGACAAACCCUCAAAGUAGCUUUGUGUAUACAACCAGUCAAAACCUACAGCGGUUUAAAACGCUUAAAAUAAACAAAUAUUCGGGAGGUCACAGAAAAUAUGUUGUAACCUCCAGCACAAAAUGUUUUUGGUUCCUAUGACAUCUUUUCGUAGCCUGAAAAUGUGGUAAAGGGAAAUUCAUUAUUUAUUAGAUGGCCGUUGUUUAAUUAAUAAAAUGUUUUUGAGAAAAAUGAUUCCGUCUAUAGCAGCUGUAUUAUGCUUGAUAUAGUUUUAAAAACAGAAGCCUAUGGACAUUUUGCUUGUCGCUGCUGGUGUUAACCACAGUGGAUGUUUUUUCAGAUGACAUAGGCUAGUGGAAGUGGGAGGGGGAAACCAUAUCAUUUGUUUUUUUCAUUGUAGAUUAGACUGCAAUUCAGCUUAGUUUAACAGUGGGGUUUUAGGCAAUAAUGCCUUAUAGUCAAUUGAAGAGAUAUAAACACAACUUUCAUUCCUCUCCAUCUCUUCUAGUUUAAGAGGAUUUUACUCAGUAGCAGUAACAAGAAACAUGGUGACCAAAAUAAUCCGGACUGAGUACAUGAAGAAAUUCAGAGAUCCGAAAUGGGAGACAUUUUCCAAAUACUAUGAGGACUCAUUAAAAUACAGGUUAACUCGUCGAGUGAUGGAGCAUGCUCACAAGCCGUGGGUGUGGGAGGGAUGGGAUAGCGGCUCGGACUCCAGCGGAAGAUCAACUCCAAAUAUGAAGAACAAAGUUGCGCCCAUAAAUGUUACCUCAACACCCUUAGAGUUGAAAAAAGAAAGGUCAUCAGUACCAAAGGACGCUCCAGAAAGGGAACUUAAUUUUGAGAAUGAUCAGAUGGAGUUGAACACUACUUACACCGAUGUCUUGGAUAACUUGCCUAAUUCAGAACCUGUCAUUGAGAAUGGACUGACUGAAUCAGAUGAGGGAACUGGAAAGGAGGUUCUACUGAGCAGUAGUCUGUCAGAUGAAACACAGACUGACAACAGACCAUUAGACAAGGGAUCCUCAGAUGAGGAAACAGUGAGGAUGCAGCCUAAACGCUGCCACCGCCUUCGCACCCCUCUGUCUGAGCCAGGUUACAGAGACAGUCUCCAUGAUGACAAGCAGAUCCCUGUCCAGAAGAUCAUCAGGGCAAAAAGCCAGCCUCCCACCAGCAAGGAGAACAAGCAAUGUCUCAGUCAGGCCGACUGGACAGGUAGACACAUGGCCUCUGUCAGAAAGACCCCAAACGAGGGCCGCAUGUCCGACGCAAGCAUCCAAACCAGACGGGAGUCAGAUAAACAGGGCUCCAACCUGGAUCGCAGGAGGGCACGGUCAGCUGACCUUGAGAAGAUGCAGCGCUCAGAGUUGACGGUCGCAGAGGAUCGCUGGAUGACUGAGUACAUGCGUUGCUUCUCUGCCAGGUUGAGGUAGAGUGCCCAGGACACAGGUAUCAGGCACAGUCUGCCAAUGAAUCUGAACAUCAUAUUCCUCAAUAAAUAUGGGAUGACAAAUAAAUAUGUUGAAUGAUUUAUAUUUCAAGGGGUUUGGUCCUUUUAUUCUUUUAACUUUAUGCUUAUAGCCAACAGCGGUUGAGGUAACAACACGUCUAACAAUACUGAUCUUUAAACAAUGGUUAAAUGUGUUGUUACUUCAUUGAAGUUGCAUCUACGCCCGAUUUUAGUUCAAUUUAUGACUUGUAUCUCCUGUGUUUUCUACUUCACAUACUUUUUAUUGACUUGUGGAAUUUGUCUGAAACUAGAUGUAUGAUAUUGUUAUUCAAUUACCAGCUUUUCAAUUUUUAUUCCACUGGCACUAGAUGUUACUCUAUGAAUGUAUCUUAUCUCUGAGUCUUUAUAUUACAGUUAAUUGGUGUUUAGGUUCUCUCACAUAGGCAGCUGCAUUUAUUAAUGGUAUCAAAAUAUGAACAAAGGUGUAUUCAAAGUUUAGCAGAAAGGACACAAACAUUUAACAAGUUCAAUUGUUGAGCAUUUGAGAGCUAAUUCAGUCUAUAGGGUUUAUACAGUAAAUACUAUACGAUAUAUCUAUCUAUCUCUCUUUCUUGACAUCAACAUCGAUUCCAAUACUGCAAGACGUUUUUUGUACUUUUUAGUAGAAGAGUUAAGUGUAGCAUACUUUUAUUAUACAUACACAUACUUGAUUGUGUUCCAGCAAAUUGGUCUUAACAUGAAUUUCUUUAGCAAAUUACAGUAUAACAUGCAUUGUUUUUGUGUUAUUGAUGAAACCAUACACAUUCACAAGAGAAAUUUAUUAAAUGGCUAGAAAUUCAAAGAAGAUAUUUUGUUUUUUAACAUUAUAACAUAGCUGUUAAAUUCACCACAGUUUGACUUGCUGUAUGUAAUGUAUUUUGGUAUUGAUGAAAGAGUUACAGAAUCAUAAAGUACUGUAUGUUUGCUCACCAGUCAUUCACUUCAUUGUAACUGUCCUGAUUGAGUUUGCAUUAUUGGACUUUUUUGAUAGUUGUUUUCUGAAUUGUGAGUGAAACUCAGUUUCUUAUAAUUAUGAGGGCUGAUGUUAACCCUCUGGUGUACCGUGUUGUGAGUUGUCAGUGAUUCUCAGUUUACACACUAUUUGUAUUUCUGAAUACUUUGUGCAUAAUAUUCAUUUAAAAAUGUUUACAGCCCAUCUAACAUCUUCAAGGUCUUUUGGGUAUAAAGCUCAAUUCCCACAAGCUACUUAAUUAAACAUGUAAAACGUGAUGUAAUAAUGUAAUUAACUUGAAUCACUGUCGUGAUCAGGUUUGCUACUAUGCUAGCUGUCAUAGACCCACUGCAUGUAUUAUACCAAUGUUUUGCCUAUGCUGUGUGUGAUAGUAAAGAGAAGAAGAACCGUUUUGUUCCCUUAAACCUCUCAAAUAUAUUCCUAGACUGUAAAAACACCACAGUUUGGGAUAUAGUAAUUGAUUGGACUGUGAACAAAAGCUAUACCUAAAGUAUCAGAAUAUAUAAAAGUAUUUUUAAUAAGUAUACAUUUUGGAUUCAGCUAAAAAAGUUUACAUUUUGAUCACUAUAUUUGAAUUUAAAACCAUUCACUACAUAUUUUGUCCACUUUCAAAUUAUGCUGAAUAAAUUGUAUUUGAAUAGGU